AUGAAUACUGAAAAUGAAAGUGAGAAAUCAUCAGCUGAGACAGCUGCUGCUCCUCUAUGGAAAUAUGUUACUAGGUUAGAAAAAGUAAGUGUUAGUGGUGGGAAUGUUUCUUUCAAAUGUAAUUAUUGUGAAAAAACUUUCAAGGGGUCUUAUUCAAGGGUGAAGGCACACUUGUUAAAACUGCUUAAGUUUGGAAUACAAGCAUGUGCCAAGGUUGGAGAUGAGUAUCAUGAUAAAAUGCAGAAAUUAGAAGAUGCGUUUGAGGAAUCUUCACGUAGAUUGAAGAAGCCUAAGCUAGUGUCUUUACCAACUGAUUCUCCUACUAGUCCUAAUUUGGACAGUAGGGAGAGUAGUACAGCUACAAGUCAUCCCAUUUUUCCAAAAAAAAAAGGGGUUGGGAAUUCUCCUUUGGAGAGGGCUUUUAACAAUCAAUGUCGAGAGCAAUUAGAUUCUCUUAUUGCUAGGACAUUUUAUUCUGCUAGUUUACCCUUUCACUUUGCUAAGAACCUGUAUUGGAUUGAGAUGAUCAAGUUUGCAGCUAAUAAUAAUUUAAUGGGCUAUAUUCCUCUGGGUUACAAUAAAUUAAGAACAACUCUAUUGCAAAAAGAGAGGGCACAUAUUGAGAAGUUGUUGAGGUCAAUUAAAGACACUUGGAAAGAAAAGGGUUUAAGCAUUGUAAGUGAUGGGUGGAUAGAUGUACAAAAAAGACCACUUAUCAAUUUUAUGGCUACAUCACAGAAAGGGCCACUUUUUAUCAAAUCCAUUGAUGAGACCAAAGAGUACAAAGACAAGCACUUCAUUGCUGACUUGUUUCUAAAGGUCAUUGGUGAGGUUGAGCAUCAACAUGUUGUCCAAAUUAUUACUGAUAAUGCGUCUGUUAUGAAGGUUGCAGGAUCUAUUGUUAAAGCUGAAUAUCCUCAUAUAUUUUGGUCACCUUGUGUUGUGCAUACCCUCAAUUUGGCUUUAAAGAAUAUAUAUGCACCUAAGUACUCUUUGCAAAAUGAGGUUGCAUAUAAUGAAUGUAAUUGGAUUGCACAAGUUUCAGAUGAGGCAACUUUCAUUCAUAUUUUCAUCACAAAUCAUUCUAUGAGAUUAGCAAUUUUUAAUUCAUAUUCCCCUUUGAAGUUACUUGUUGUUGCUGAAACACAAUUUGCUUCAAAAUCAUCAUGCUUAAAAGAUUGUUUCAAGUAA